CCAAAACGCAAGUUGUGUGUGAUGACUAUUUUGAUAACGCGCUUUACCGAUUUGUAAAAUGUUAUGAAAAAAAUACAGUUUAGUUAAUUUUUUUAGUCUAAUAAUAAAUGUUAAAAUGAAGGCGAAGUAUGCUGUAGGAUGCCUGGUGGUGCUGUGUAUCUCUACAGGAUGGUUGAUUGGAUAUAUUUAUCAACUUUUAAUAUUGGCCUAUGAGACAAAUGGAAUACUCACAGAUUCUGAAUAUUCUUGGUUUAUCCGUUUAUUGCUGAAUCUCACAGGUUAUUCUGCUGUUCUGGUCCCUGCAUUUCUUAUGUACAAAUAUCUGCAGAUGUCAAAUUAUUUUGAGAAAAUAUCAAACUCGUCACAUGUGUACAGAGUCCUGUAUUCAUGUUUUGCGGAACCAAGUGAGCGGUUACCAGAGACAGUAAAGCCUAAGACUGAGGAGUCGGAGAAACGGGACACACUGGAAAUGUUGUUCUGUUUCUCUGGGCUAAUGGGCGCCUACCUGGUGUGGGGACUACUGCAGGAGAAGAUCAUGACUCAGAGCUAUGUGAUGGAGGACGGCAGCGUGAGCCGCUUCAGCGACUCCCAAUUCCUGGUGUUCAUCAACCGGCUGUCGGCGCUGCUGGUGUCGCUGGCGUGGCUGCUGUGGACGCGCCAGCCGCUGCUGACGGCGCCGCUCUACAAGUUCUCGUACUGCUCGCUGACCAACGUCAUCAGUGCUUGGUGCCAGUACGAGGCUCUCAAGUACGUCAGCUUCCCCACGCAGGUUCUGUCGAAGUCGUGUAAGGUGAUCCCGGUGAUGGUGAUGGGUAAACUGAUCUCACGCAACAAGUACGCGCCUCACGAGUACGUCACGGCGUUGCUCAUUUCCACCGGCAUGCUCAUGUUUAUGUUCGCCAGCCACGACCAGCCAGUGUCGCCGGGCACGUCCGUCUCGGGCGUGUGCCUGCUGCUGCUGUACAUGUCGUGCGACAGCUUCACGUCAUCGUGGCAGAGCGCGCUGUUCCGCUCGUACCGCGCGCGCCCUCUGCAGGUCAUGUGCGUCGUCAGUGCGUGCUCGUGCGCUCUCACCGCGCCCGCACUGCUGGCCUCGCACACGCCGCUGCCGCAGCACCCCAUGUUCGUGGCCGACUGCCUGCUGCUGUCCGCCAGCUCGGCUCUGGGACAGGUGCUCAUUUACCGCACCAUUGCGCGCUUCGGAGCCAUCGUGUUCACCAUCGUGAUGACGCUGCGACAGGCGGUGUCGAUCCUGAUCUCGUGCGCGGUGUACGGACACGCGGUGUCUCUGGUGGGCGGCGCGGGUGUGGCGCUAGUGUUCGCGGCCGUACUGUACCGCGUGCACUGCCGCCGUCGGAGCGCCUAACACGCCAUCGCUCAAUUAGUACACGUGUGUUUUACAUUCAAUCGCCUUAUACACUUUCAUUCGAAAGAGUGUUUAGAUAGCUAAAUACGAGUCGUCUGACUAUAUUAGAACAUUCUAGGCAUAGCAGGUAAUUUGAAGUUUUAGGAAACUUUACAAGCAAGUAUGUGUAACAUAUCACCCCGUUGACCUGGUCGUGGCUUCCAUAAACGGUAGGAAGAUAUCCUUGAAAUUCUACACAAUGUAUAACUAAUUAUUUAAACAAAAUAACAACUUCAUAUGGUCCUUCGAACCGGAUUCAUAACCGAGCGCUACUUGUGGCUUAACUAUAAAUUUUGAGUUUUAAUAAGCUUAGCAAGUGGGGAACACCAAGUCAGAGGUGAGGGUAGUAAACAUGUACCUACAGCCAAUACUCAAGCUCGUUUGACGUAAGUGUUCGAUUUAUUGUAUUAAGAGUGACUUGAAAUUAUUAUAUUUGAUAUACGUACCUAUGUAAAUAUAUUCUGGUGAGUGUUAACCGCCGAUUAUUAUUAUUAUUUGCACAUGCCUUGCCCCUAUUGGUUCUAGUAACACCCCGUCUAAAUUCAACUAAUGUGUUCGCCGCUCAUACUACAGCUCGUUAUCGAACUCUGCAGAAUUUACGAAUCGGAUUAUAGUCAAAAAUAAUGUCUAUAUUACAUAAUUAGAAAUAUUAAUGAAACACAAUGUUAUAGUCAAUCUUUUUUGUAUAAUAUUGCUGUAGUUGCAUUGUGAUGCUGUACAGUAGUAGAUACUUAAUAAAUAAUAAUUGUCAAUACGAAAAGUAAAAAUGUCAUAAUAACAUGAUAAUCGCAUAUUAUGUUUUUUUAGUUGCUCUGUAUUAUGACCAAAUCUGAAAGUAAUUGAGAAGUGGUGUAUGAUGUUAUGCUCUUUAUUAUUUAAAUAGAAAAAAAAAUACAUGAUAAAUAUUAACUAUGCAGGACUCGAACUCGCAACCUCUCGGGUUCCGUCUCGUUUUCUUACCAACUGAGCCAACCGUCAAAGUGACGCAUCAAUCGUAUAUCCUGGUAUUUUUUGUUCAACUCUUAAGUGCGAACCACACAUUUCCGGGUCAGGGCUAUCCGAGUUCCGAGUUGUCCGUUUCAGUGUUCCCGUCAGGGACGUGCCAUCAGUCACCCGUGUUCACACAUAUCAGAGAAAUCGGUAUCAGUGUAAUCAGUUUCUUUCUGAUACGCACACUUCACGAUGUCUUUGUUUAACCAAGAAGAGUUAGCAAUGAUUGCAAUAGCGCUAGAUGAAGAAGAAGCAGAUGACCAAGAAGACCAUCAGCAGGCAAUAAAACGUAUUUGGGUAUGUGAGCUGUGGGAAGAUAGAGAAACUGCAGGAGAAUAUCACACAUUAUGCCAGAAACUCACGAGACACCCUAAAUAUUAUUAUGAUUACUUCAAACUGCCAGAAUCUACUUUUCACUUGCUACUACAAAGGCUACAAGAUGGUUUGAGAAGAAAAGAUACUGGAGACAAUCUACAUCGCCAAUGGAAAGACUCGCUGUUACGUUAAGGUAAGUGUAAAAAUAAAAUAAUUUAUUUUAAAUGUAUUUAUUUUUAGUUACUUAUCAAAGAGGUUUUACACAUCAAAUUAUAUUUAAAAAGUAUAUGUAAUUACUUAAUUAGGAUUGAAAUUCGCAAAUGUAUUGUGCUAAGGUGGAGACAUCUUCAUGUACAUUUUUGUUUUCUGUAGAAGAAGUAGUAGAAGAAUUUUGAUUAUUUGUAGGAUUCAGAACACUCUCGGAUAAAGUUUCAGUCUGCUGUCUGCUGAUUCUCCUUGCAUACUCGUUGGGGCACUUGUAGAUGUAGAUGGACUUGGAUGUGUAAUUUCUGGUAAUUCUUCUUGCACUUGUAAAUUACGUCCUGUGCCGGCAGAUGGGGUACUUGUCUUAAAAAUUAUUUGUACAUCAUUUGCAACAUUUUGUACUUCCAUAUGUCGCUCAAACAUGUUUAUUUCAUACUUUUUUAUAAUAUUAAAUAUGUCACUCUUAGCUAAGUUUUGGUAAUACGGUGUAAGAUUUUUAAGAGUGGGAGCAAUACCAUGCAGAAACUUGUCAAUAGGAUGUUCCCCUGUAGUGUUAUUUUGAUUUUUCUUUAAUACAUACUCCAACAAAGUAGCAGCAGCAGACUUUGGUCUGUCAGUUGUUUCCUGAGCAGAUGCAAGAGAACUUUAACAUGCUGCUGGUGAAAGUGAUCCUGUUCGAUGGGAUGUAUGAACUGACGAUGGAAUAGAUAUUAUCACUUCUUCGUCACUCAAAACUGAUGGAGACUGUGCAGAGUGUGGAGAACCACUGUUUAAAUCCGUAUCUAAUGUACUAUCUUCACUUUGAGCACUUAUAUUGCUAAUUGUUUCUCUUUCUUGAAAAUACGGCCGAAGAAAUGACAACUGCUCGUGAUAUUUAUAAUGUUUUUGUGAUUCACCUCUUUGGCCACUUUUAAGGUAUUGAUCCCGAAUAUUAUUCCACCGCGAUUUGCACACCUUUGCUGGAAAGAUAAUAAAACAGAUAAUUUAACAUUUUUGUUUAUUACAGAUUCCUGACAACAGGAGAUUCAUUUAAAACAAUUGCGUUCAGAUAUUGAAUGGGGUUUAGUACUGUGCAAGAAAUUGUAACGAAAACUUGUAAAUGUAUAGUUGACACAAUGAUGAGUGAAAUGCUACCUAGGCCAACAUAUGAGACGUGGAAAUCAAUAGCGGACGACUUCAAUACACUUUGGAAUUGUAUCGCAUCGGAUCAAAUUGCAUCGGAGCUCUUGAUGGAAAAAAUUUUAACAUCCAGUCACCGCCUAACAGUGGAUCACUAUACUUCAACUAUAAAAAAACAUUCUUAGUUGUGCUUAUGGCGUUAGUUGAUCUCAAUUAUAAUUUUACAAUUGUCAAUGUUGGUUCUUAUGGAAAGAAUAGUGAUGGAGGAAUUUUUGCUAACUCUAAUCUGGGAAAAGAACUUCAAAGAAAAAACUUGUCUUUGCCUGAAGCUUCGUAUCUACGAGGCAGUUCAACAACAGCUCUUAUGUUCUUGUAGGAGAUAAAGCUUUCCCUCUCAAAACUUAUUUAAUGCGACCGUAUCCAGGGACCAAUUUGUGCACCGAUAUGCGAAUUUUCAACUAUCGUUUAUCUCGUGCAAGGAGGGUAGUGGAAAACACAUUUGGAUAGUUGACAUCAAAAUUCCGAAUUUAUAAUAGACGCAUUCAUGCUUUAGCAAAAAAUGUUGAUAAUAUAUUACUUUCUACGUGUAUUCUUCAUAAUUUUAUUAAAAAAUAUGACAAAGAAACAAAUUUGUUUGCAGAAGUUGCAAGCACAAACGAAACUCUUGCAGCAUACGACGAUUUACCAGCUGUCGGUUUAAAUGCUUCAAGAGAGGCUUUUUAUGUAAGGGAUACGUUCAAAUCUUAUUUUAUUUCUCCAGCUGGCGCAGUGCCUUGGCAAAACAAUAGAAUUUAAGUUGUUGUCCCUCAAUAAAAGUGGAAAAAAAACAACUAUUUCAUACAAAGUGGUAAAUAACGGAUCAAAAUGUAUGAAAAUACCCCUGAAAUAAACAAUAAGAACCUACAUAAAUGUCUACAGAAUACAAAACAUAUAAUAAAAAUGUUUAAACCUACCUUCACACUUUAAUUCUUUUCCUAUAUUAUCCCAUAUGAUAUUUUUCUUUUUAGAAUUCAAAUAAUGUGGAUUAGAAAGAUCGUAAAGUAUAAUAGCAUUCUGCCAUACAAGUUCUAUCAACCUUUCUGUGUUCAUGUUGCACUUGCAGAUAAAUUGUCAACUUUAACAAAAAUCGGAUGGCACUGUCAGAGCGUCCGUGCGACCGAGCGUGCUCCGGGACACUGACGCCUGACACGGAGCUGUGUGAACAAGUUCAUACAAUUUGUACGUAACCGAUUUUUUCCCCGUCCCUGACGGAAGACGGCCGGGAGGAGUUCCCGGAAAUGUGUGGCGCUUUAGGUUGUGUAAAAAAAAUCCAUGAUCUCUGUUGUGUAAAGUAAAAUAUCGUUUGUUGAUAUUGAAACAUUGUCUUCAGUCAACAUAAACAACAGGAGAAACUAUUAAGCAUAAAUUAUGUCAUAAUUAAUCGACUCAAAUAAUAAUUAUAUUUUAGAUAUUUUUUAUUUGUAAUUAAAUACAACCGUCCUAGCACGGUAGGUAACCUGACAACUGACUACAAAACAUGUAUUUCUCUUAUAUGUGUCAGUGUGUCAAUUAUAAAGUACCACCAACUGGUGUAUUGUGUAUGGUCUUCUAGGACAGAUUUUAUUAUUUAUUGUCUUACACGUGUACGUAUGGGAAUGUGGUCGAGGUAAAAGCAGCUGUGUGUAACACUUACAGCCUAAACACAUGGUCGGACAUGAUCAAUCGGACGUAUUGUCCGAGGGUAUGUCGCAUUGUCUAUCGCACAAAAUUAUUAUUAUUACCGUCCGGACCGUACUGAGUACGACGCCGGACCAAUUGGUGCGAGGCACCCACCGGGCAGUCCAAUGGUCCGGCCGUACCAUAUGCGACCCUUUGUUUAGGCUAUUACUACAGUAGACAUAUGUAUCAGUACGGAAACUAAGCCUUGUUGAUAAAAAACUUACCUAUAUGUAACGUACACACCAUUAAAGCAAUAGGGUUGUCAGGUUAUUUUUCUAACCGACUUUAAAAAAGGAGUUUUGGAACGAAGUUCCAAAAGGGGUGUUGCAGAGCGUAAAAAAUUAAAAAGCGUUAGAUGUAUAUAUAUAUAGUGUAUGUAUGAUAGCUAUACAGUGUAUAAUGCAAUAUUAUAGUAUACUGAUAUGUAAUGUUUUUAAACAAUUUUUUAUUGAAUGUUUUUCUUGGAAAUAUUUAUUUUGGAAUGUUUUGGAAUGGUUUCAACACUCACGAAAACCAUGAUAAAACAAAUGUAGGUAAGUAUUUUUGUCCAAAAUAAAUAAAUAUAAAAAAAAAUAUACUAAAACCAUUAAACCACACUCAUAAAAAAAAUUAAUAAAUAUUGCAGCCGCCAUCUUAGGGUAAAUUGUGAAUUAUGUUCACGAAUUUAUUAUAAUCGAUCUCACGGACUUAUAAUUCGAAUACCUACUAAUUAUAAUAAUAAUAUAGCAAUAAAUCAAUCUUAUAUACUUAUACUACUGUAUAGUUUAAAAAACGAAAACUGGAGUUUUGAUGGAACCGAGUUCAAAUAGCCGUAUACCACGCAAUACGCUGGCAUUUUUAAAAAGAACGCGGAAACAAAUAACAACGUGACACUCGACUCGUAUUGACCGCGAAAACCGCUUAGGGGCCUCGUCAAUGCGCAUGUUUGUGUGAGUGUGUCAUUUCGAACGUUUGUAGGUAGUUUCCGUACUGGUACAUAAAUGUCUACUGUGCUAUUACUUUAGUAAUUAAAUUAUUUAAAUGAAAGUGCAAUAAAUUGUAUUAAUGCAGAUAGCGAAGUAAAUAUUAUUUUAUGUAAGUACGCAUCUAGAUUUUAUAGUAAGGUGACAACCGAGGGCAUAAUGUAUUGUAUUGUAUUUGAAUAUGAAAUGUUAAUUAAGUAGUUAUGUUUGAUUAUGAGAUUAGAUAUCCAGUGAAUAAUAAAUAUUAGUUUGAAUUUUU